AUGCCCCUCGUAUUGCCUGACGGUCUCUCCAGUCGCGAGGUCCCAGAGACGGGCACUGUGGUCGGAAGACGCGGUGACGAGGUACGCCGAGUCGGCCGAGAAGGCUGCGUCCCAGACCCAGCGCUGGUGGCCCUCGAGCGUGCGGUCGAGGGAGUACUCGUAGUCCUUGGUGGACCAGAGCUUGACGGUCGUGUCGGCGGAGCAGGUGGCCAGGUGCCGUGUGUCCGGGGAGAGGAGGCAGCGUGUGAUAUAUUUGGGAUGGGCGAGGAACGACGUGACGGGCACGAGCGAGGUCGUCUCGGACCCGGACUGGAUACGCCACACGAACACGGUGCCCACGUCGUUGCCGGCCACGAGCGUGCCGCCGUCGCUUGCGAUCGAGACGGAGCGGAUCGGCACAUCCUCGGCCGGCACGAGCUCGUGCGUGCACGUGUUCUCGCCCAGGUCCCAGAUCUUCACGCUGCCCAUCUGGUCGCAGGAGAUCAGCUCGCCCUGGUUCGGGUGGAUCACCACGUCGUUCACCAUCGUUCCCUCGUGCUUAGCUCACCGAGUGUCCCACACCUUGACCGUGCCGUCCUCGCUGCCGGUCACGAUCCACUUGCCCUGUGCACUAUACUGGAGCGCAGUAAUAUUGCCAGUGUGCCCGUCCAGACUCAUGAUCGGCGUGUUUGA